AAUAAACCCUAAGGGAACGAACGUAAGGUUGAUGUAAACUUUAUUAAAAAUGAAUAACCAGACGCAACUGUAUCAGUGUAGAUUAUGUUUAACGAGAACUUCGACGAGAGUAAAUAUAUUUGGAGGCGAUUUUCCUAAAAUGUUGGAAAUACUGACGUCCAUAAAGGUAAAAGAGUCCGAUGGACUCCCCAAAUUCAGCUGCACGAAAUGCGCUAAGGACGUACAAUUGGCGUUAACUGUUAAAAAACGCAUCAUAAAAGCCCACAAAAUUCUGGUAGACGCUUUGAAUACGAAAAAACAGUUACUAGAAAAAUCCAAAAAGACCUCCAACGACAAAAUAGUGAAAAAAACAUUGAAAAAUAACGUGAAAAAACCAACUACGAAACAGCAAAACGUCGUAAUGCCGCUUCCGAUUAUCGAAAGCGUAGAAAGUCUAGCCGAAACUUCAUCUAACACAUCCGAUUUACCUAUAAAACAAGAACCUCCCGAAGCUUCGAGCGACAGCGCCGAACUUCCCGCCAACAGCACCGAAGACCUCCAGCAAGUAAUAGCCCGAGUACAAAAACGAUUGAGACCCACAAGCUUCACAUGCGAAACCUGCAACGAGACAUUCACCGAAAAAUCCGCCUACAGCCUCCACUGCAUGAAACACAAAAAAACCGAAUGCCACGUCUGCGGCAGGAUAAUACGAUCCGACAACUUCAAGAAACACCUCAUGCUCCACACGGCGGGCCCCUCGGUGUGCUCCCUCUGCGGGGCCACCUGCAAGAACAUCGAGAGCCUGCGCGGCCACAUUUUCUACCAGCACAAAAACGCCGCCGAGCAGUACGUCUGCGAACUGUGCGGCAAAGGCUUCAGGAUCAAAUACAAGUUUAUACUACACAAGAAAAAGGAGCAUUUGAACGUCAGAAACUUCAAGUGCGACGUCUGCGGAAAGUGCUUCUUCACCAACGGCGAUCUGAGAUCGCACGCGAAGAUGACCCACCAGAAACUGAGGCCGCACGUUUGCGAAUACUGCGGCACCGGCUUCUCCUCCUCCUACGCCCUCAAGACCCACAAACGGCAGCACACCAACGAGAAACCGUUCGUUUGCGAGUACUGCAACGAAGGGUUCAGGCAACGGGUGUCCCUAAAAUCGCAUUUGAAAUCCAAGCACGGCAUCGAAGAGGCCAAAGCGUGGUUUUGCAAAGUCUGCGAACGGGGCUUCGCCACGAAUUACGCGCUGAGCAUACACGAAAGGCUGCACGAGGUGCGAAAGUGCCACGUGUGCUCGGAGAGCUUCGGCAGCUCGGAGUUUCUGAACAAUCACUUGUGGGAAGUGCACAACGUUAAAGAGGAUAACGCGGAGUUUAAAUGCGACCAUUGUUCCGUUGGUUUUGCUUCUGAAGAACUAUUAAACGCGCACGUGCUUGAUAUGCACGAAAAAAACGAUGAUUUAGCAACUGAUAGUAUGCAAAUUUAAUGUUUAUGUAGCAG